UUGUUAGAUUCAAGUAAAGGCACUGCAAAUGUUUUGCACGAAAAAGGAAAUGAAAUCACAUUUAAUUACCCUUGCGAAUCAAACCAUGAUUGCACACCAUAUGUCGCAGAAAUCCAAGCAGGCCGAUACAUCUUUGAAGUUUGGGGAGCACAAGGUGGCCAGAACGGCGGCCUUGGUGGCUACGCAAAAGGAACAAUCUCGCUCAAAAAAAAUACCACUGCCUUUAUUUAUAUCGGCGGCCAAGGAAGCAGUAAUACCAAUAAUAUUCACCCCGGCGGUUUCAACGGUGGUGGGACAGGCGUUGGCUAUGUGGAUGAAUCUUAUACGGGCGGAGGAGGAGGUGCUUCAGACAUCCGCCUUCUUGCUAAUUCGCUUUAUUACCGCGCCAUCGUGGCCGGUGGUGGCGGUGGGAUUAUAUCUUACAUAGGCAGCCACACCGAAGGAUUCGGUGGUGGAGAAUUUGGUGGCGAUGGUUAUCAAAUUCGUGAAGAAUCCUAUCCCGGCAAAGGAGGCAAUCAAACGCGUCCAGGAGACAGCCUUCCAUACUCUAGUCUCCAAUAUCCAGGCUUUGGAUUUGGCGGAUCAGUUGGCGAAACUGAUGCAUACGGAUCAGGCGGUGGAGGGGGCUGGUAUGGUGGCUCGGUAUCGAUUUUUAUCCCUGUUGCUCCUGAAGAAGAAUAUGUGGUUGAUCCUGGAUCAGGAGCUGGUGGAGGGUCUGGAUAUGUUCUGACAAAAGACUCAUACAAACCAGCAGGUUAUUUUUUUUCUGAAGAUGAUUAUUUUAUGACAGAUAUCGAUUUAUCAGGUCGAAUUAAGGCUCCGGUCCCACCCUCUCAAUUUUAA